UCUUUAGGAGCAGACAUCUGGCAGACACCGGGGGGAGCACUGGUGUAACCUGCCGCCGUCCUCAGGGCGGUCCCCGGUCUCUCAGGUCACGUACCGGAUCCUUUCCGCCACUACCGGGAACGUUUACUAUUUGGCUUUCCUUAUUAGGCUUCUUGUACCGUAGUCAAUGCUAUAGAGGGUCAGCAGGGGGCGCUCGUGCCUGUGUGAGAAGGAGGCAGUGCGCGGUGUGUCGGAGGAUUAAGGCGGCUUGCUGCAGUGGAGCUCGCAAUGUCCGCUCCUUAGAGCCCGGCGCGGGGGUUACACCAUGAAUCUCCGGGGUCUCUUCCAGGACUUCAACCCCAGUAAAUUUCUGAUCUACGCCUGCUUGUUGCUGUUCUCCGUUCUCCUGUCCCUGCGCCUGGACGGUAUUAUACAGUGGAGUUACUGGGCGGUCUUUACACCAAUAUGGCUUUGGAAGCUAAUGGUCAUCAUUGGGGCAUCGGUGGGCACCGGAGUUUGGGCACGGAACCCUCAGUACAGGGCAGAAGGUGAAACCUGUGUGGAGUUUAAAGCCAUGCUCAUCGCUGUGGGAAUUCACUUGCUGCUCCUGAUGUUUGAAGUUCUUGUCUGUGAUCGAAUCGAGAGAGGAAACCACUACUUCUGGCUCUUGGUCUUCAUGCCGCUGUUCUUUGUGUCUCCAGUUUCGGUGGCUGCUUGUGUCUGGGGCUUCCGACAUGACCGCUCUCUUGAGUUGGAAAUCUUGUGUUCGGUUAAUAUAUUACAGUUCAUAUUCAUUGCGUUGAGGCUUGACGGCAUCAUCACGUGGCCAUGGCUUGUGGUCUGCGUGCCGCUCUGGAUCCUGAUGUCCUUCCUCUGUUUGGUGGUCCUGUACUACAUCGUGUGGUCUGUCCUGUUCUUGCGCUCCAUGGAUGUCAUCGCUGAGCAGAGAAGGACUCACAUCACCAUGGCGGUCAGCUGGAUGGCCAUAGUUGUGCCUUUGCUCACUUUUGAGAUCCUGCUUGUUCAUCGGCUGGACGGACAUAAUUUGUUCUCUUACAUCCCCAUCUUUGUCCCUUUGUGGCUUUCGUUAAUUACCCUGAUGGCAACGACAUUUGGACAGAAAGGUGGCAAUCACUGGUGGUUUGGUAUUCGUAAAGACUUUUGCCAGUUCCUGCUGGAGAUCUUCCCCUUCUUGCGGGAAUACGGGAAUAUCUCCUACGACAUUCACCACGAGGACAGUGAAGACGCUGAGGAGACCCCUGUGCCAGAGCCGCCCAAGAUAGCGCCCAUGUUCCGCAAGAAGACUGGUGUUGUUAUCACACAGAGCCCGGGGAAGUAUGUGGUGCCACCGCCCAAACUGAACAUCGACAUGCCUGAUUAACACGGCAUUACACCGACACGUCCUGUACCGCUCCUCAUUACUAGACUGUAAACUCCACUGACCUCACUCCUUUUUUUUCCUUUCAAUGUAAUCUACUUUAUAAUGCAGCUCUCCUGACAAGUGUGUUUUAGCAAGUACUUGCAUUGCUGUUUUGAAAAAAAAUAUUCGGAAGCAUUACUAGAACUCUAUGUUGUGCCGUUCCUCUGUUAUUCCUCCUGGCAACAUGUGAAUAAAUUGAAAACUGCAUGUUACGAUUACCUUGCUCAGUUGGGCAUGUCCCUACACACUGACAUUGUCCAUUCAAUGCUAACAGUGUCAAACUGCAUAAGGAAAACCGCCUAUGAAAACCCAGUUUUCAAUACACUUGUAAGAGAGGAACCGCACAAUAUUGGAGGACAACUGAAGAUGGUCCUUAAUUUUCAUUUCAGGAGUAAUACUGGUAUUUAGUAAAACAGACGUGUCAGGUGUGUGUCCUCACACCCAUCCAUGGUGCUGCAUUGAGAUCCCUGACCAUGUCAGCUCAGCUUCUAGAUGAAUUAUCAAUUCCUAAUGAAUUUUAAUGUACAUUGCCAUUUGCCAAUAUUUUUUAUUUGUUUGCAUUGUGCACGGAGCCAUUGCUUUGGACCGAUCUCGCAUCUCUUCCAUUCUAGCCUUUUUUCUUUUUUUUUUUUUUAUAUGGACACUAUGCCUUCUUCUAAGAAAUGGUCAAGCUUGGUGUUUUCUACUGCAUGGGACUACUCCUUCUUUAGGAUUUUGUGUUUUUUAAUGUUUUGGCCAUGCUUGCUUGUAUAGUAUUUAUAAAGGAAAA